AUGCGGCCAGCAGGUGAGGGACCCCAGGUGUCAGACAAGGACAUCAAAAUCACAACCGACACAGAGGACACACCUGGAGGCAAAGCCAGCCCAGACCCUCAGGACCUGCAGUCAAGUGUGUUCCACAGCAUCAAGUUCUUUGUCCUGUGCCACAGCCUGCUGCAGCUGGCACAACUCAUGAUCUCCGGCUACCUCAAGAGUUCCAUCUCCACCGUGGAGAAGCGUUUCGGCCUCUCCAGCCAGACUUCGGGACUGUUAGUCGCCUUCAACGAGGUGGGAAACACAGCUCUGAUUGUGUUUGUGAGCUAUUUUGGCAGUCGGGCACACCGACCUCGACUGAUUGGCUGUGGGGCUGUCCUUGUGGCCCUGGCAGGCCUGCUCAUGAGCCUCCCACAUUUCAUCUCAGAGCCUUACCGCUACGACCACACCAGCCAUGAGGAUCUACCACAGGACUCUGAGGCUUCCCUGUGCCUCCCCAUGACCUCAAACCCAGCACCGGCCUCCGUCAAUGGUACCUGCUCCAGCUACGCAGAGGCACAGCAUCUGACAGUGGUGGGGAUAAUGUUCAUGGCACAGACUCUGCUCGGGGUGGGUGCUGUGCCUAUUCAACCUUUUGGCAUCUCCUACAUCGAUGACUUUGCCCACAACAGCAACUCACCACUCUACCUUGGGAUCCUGUUUGCAGUGACCAUGUUGGGACCAGGCCUGGCCUAUGGGCUGGGUGGCCUCAUGCUGCGCCUGUAUGUGGACAUUGACCGGAUGCCAGAAGGUGGCAUCAGUCUGACUUCAAAAGACCCCCGAUGGGUGGGUGCUUGGUGGCUGGGUUUCCUUAUCUCCGCUGGCACUGUGGCACUGGCUGCCAUCCCCUACUUCUUCUUCCCCAGGGAGAUGCCCAAGGAGAAGCAUGAGAUUUGCUUCCACACAAGGAUCUGGUCAAUUAUAGCCUCAUCUGCCAGCAAAGGUGAGGGUUCCUCCUCUGAGAAGAGUCCUGAAGAAUACCCAGAGAAGAAGAAUGGCCUACCCCAGUUUGCAACAGACCUGACUGUGGUCCAAUUCAUCAAAGUCUUCCCCAGGGUGCUGCUGCGGACCCUGCGCCACUCCAUCUUCCUGCUGGUGGUCCUGUCCCAGGUGUGCAUGUUGUCCACGGUGGCAGGCCUGGCCACCUUCCUACCUAAAUUCCUGGAGCGCCAGUUUUCCAUCACUGCCUCCUACGCCAACCUGCUCAUUGGCUGCCUCACCAUCCCAGCGGCCAUUGUGGGCAUCGUAGUAGGUGGUGUCCUCGUCAAGCGCUUCCACCUGGGCCCCAUGCGCUGUGUCGCCCUCUGCCUGCUGGGGGCGCUGCUUGGCCUAUUUUUCAGCCUGCCCCUCUUCUUCAUUGGCUGCCCCACCCAUCAGAUUGCUGGCAUCACCCCCGAACCUGGAGCCCAGUCUGGGUCUGGGCUGUUUCCAGGCUGCUCAGAGUCCUGUGCCUGUCCACCGGAUGACUUUAACCCUGUUUGCGAUCCCAGGACCCGUGUGGAGUACAUCACACCCUGCCACGCAGGCUGUGUGAGGCGGGUGGUCCAGGAGUCUCUGGACAAAAAAAGCACAGUUUUUUACACCAACUGCAGUUGUGUGGAAGAGAGCGGCAGCGUGGUGGCCAGCUCCUGUGAGUCUGCCUGCAGUUCCCUGGUGCUACCCUUCGUGCUCCUGAUCAGCAUGAGUGCAACGCUGGCCAGUGUCACCCACACACCGUCCUUCAUGCUCAUCCUCAGGGGCGUGAAGAAAGAAGACAAGACUUUGGCUGUGGGCAUCCAGUUCAUGCUUCAGAGAAUUCUUGCGUGGAUGCCCAGCCCAGUGAUCCAUGGCAGUGCCAUCGACACCACCUGUGUGUACUGGGCCCAGAGCUGUGGGCGCCAAGCUGUCUGCCGCUACUAUGACCACGAUCUGCUCCGAACACGGUUCAUCGGUCUCCAGUUCUUCUUCAAGACAGGUGCCCUGGCCUGCUUCGCCUUGAUCUUGGUCAUCUUGAGGCAGCAGGGCAAAGAGGCCAGGACCAAGACGGCCAUGGAUAGCUGUGAUCCUGAACAGCAGCAAUUAGAGUCAGGGUUAGAAAAGAAGCUAGAGAUUUCCAAAAUGUGA